UGUAUUUCUGUCCACAUUGGCCAGGCUGGAGUCCAGAUGGGCAACUCCUGUUGGGAACUGUAUUGCCUAGAGCAUGGAAUCGAGCCAGAUGGCAUCAUCUCCUCCAGUGCAUCCUCGGGGCAAACAGACUCUUCAUUUGGGACCUUCUUCAGUGAAUCGGGGUCAGGGAAGUACGUCCCCAGAGCAAUAUUUAUUGACCUGGAGCCCAGUGUCAUUGAUGGGAUCAGGACGGGGACCUACCGCACCCUCUUCCACCCAGAGCAGCUCAUCAGUGGCAAAGAAGAUGCUGCCAACAACUAUGCUCGAGGCCACUACACCAUUGGGAAGGAGAUCAUUGACCCUGUCGUUGACAGGGCCCGGAAAAUGACUGAGCAGUGCAGUGGCCUCCAAGGGUUCCUGGUCUUCCACAGCUUUGGGGGAGGCACGGGCUCCGGGUUCACCUCCCUCCUCAUGGAGCGGCUCUCCGUGGAGUACAGCAAGAAGUCCAAGCUGGAGUUCUCCGUCUACCCGGCCCCCCAGGGUGACCCCUCCACCUCGAUCCUCACCACCCACACCACGCUGGAGCACUCGGAUUGCUCCUUCAUGGUGGACAACGAGGCCAUCUACGACAUCUGCAAUCGCAACCUGGACAUCGAGCGUCCCACCUACACCAACCUCAACAGGCUCAUCGGGCAGAUCGUCUCCUCCAUCACGGCCUCCUUGAGAUUUGAUGGAGCUCUCAACGUCGACCUCACCGAAUUCCAAACCAACCUGGUGCCCUACCCCCGC